UUGAAAUGUAAGAUAUAAAGUAUCAUACUAUAACUGUUUAUCAUCAUUUAUUCUACCGUUAAUCAAUGUGUAAAUAAAAAAUACAGUUCGUUGAUAGUUCAUCGCUUUUCUUUUGCUGUGAUUUUAUGGAAUUGUCAACGAAUUUUCACUGAUAUAUUUAAUCUUUUUUUAGAAAUUUAUCAAACAAAAAUUAAUUCGUCGAUACAGUUAACUCAUUGAAAUAAUAAUACAUAAAAGUAUUUAAAAGAAUAAAUAAAAGAGUACUUUUACAGAUUAAAGAAAGAAUAUGCUUUCACUGGAACGUAUCCCAGAUCAAAUUGGACAUCUGGUUUUGACAGAGGAUGGAGCUGUAUUAACGUCUGGGGGUGAAUUGGAAAAUGAUGAAAGAUUUGCAAACAUUAUUAUAGGUUUAGUCACAUUAACCAAUAAAAUUGAUCCUAAAGCAUUUCCUAACAAUGAGGCUUUUGAUAAAAUAUCAAUAACAUAUCCAGAUCACUGUUACAUUAUUUGUCUCUCAAACAAAAAGAUUCAUAUAGUGAAGAAAAGAUUGUUAUCUUUGACAUCUGCAACUGUAGAACAGUCUCUUAUUGAUUAUAGAGACUAAUGGCUCUCAAAGAGGCAUGAAUUACCAACUGGACAAGUCUAUUCUAAGAUACAAAGUAAAAAGAGCAAUGACUGAUAUAGCGGCAAAACUCAUAUCACAAAACAUACAAGUAGGAUUCAAUGCGCCAAUACUUCAGGCAAAUAUUUCAAAAACUAAGAAAUUCCGACAAUUAUAUCUUUGUUCAAGAAACUCAUCUUUGAAAACUUGUCAAGCAUCCUUAAAUUUAGCUAAUUUCGGACUGAAUAAAGAUGUAUUAUUAAUAGGAGAUUAUUCUGUGUACAAAAAUAAACAUAGACAAUGUUAAAAUACUUACGCAUCACCAAUGUAUAUUCCAGGAUAUACUUCGUCACAGUCAAUAUCUUGUUGAACACGAUAAUAUUCAACAUCAUCCCGAUUAUGAUCAAAUCCUGGUAGCAUUUUAUUUUCAGUCUGUGUUCCAUAUAAAGCUUCUGCUAAGCGACUUUGAGUUGUUUCUCCAUUAGGUAAAUGUUUCUGGAAGUUCAUGAAACAGAAGUUUAUUAUGAAAAAUAAAGUUUUGUAAUAUUAUUAAUAGUUUGAUUUUAUUAAAUAUUUGAUAAUUUGACUUAAAAGAAUUAUAAAUUUUAUAAUAUUACUUUAAUAUAAUUUUAAGAAAUGAAGCGAUUUUUAUUUUUUUAUAUAUUUUUAUAUAUUUUUUUAUUAUUAAAAUGCCUAAAAUUUACUAUUUUUAAAGGUUCUUACAAAAUAUUGGGCAGCUCAAAUAUGA